AACAUUUGUAUACUUCGAUUUCUGAUUGAAAUGUAGAUCGAGCAUUCGAGAUUUUAAACAAGUUAUUUCGCUACACGGGAAGUUCUAAAAGGAAAAACCAGAAAGGAACAUCUAGCAAAGAAGCAAGUGGGAUAGACAUUUAUCUCUGUAAUAUAAAGAGUCUUGAAUUGUUUUGUAAAAAAAAAAAGGAAGAAGAUGCCAUUAAGUGAUCAAAUGUUUCACCCGUAUUUACCAUCCCGUGUGCCAGACAUCAUGGAUAGUCCAUACUUCAAAGCCACGGAUAUGGAGCAUCAUUACCCGAACUUGUAUGACUACAAGAGAGCUGCAAUCUUCAACUGUCCUCAGCCGAUGUUUGCACCUUUUAACAGACCUCUGUUUGUGGCUAAAUCUCGGCCUUCAUACCUGGCUGAAGAAGAUUACAGAGUUCGAUCGGAUUGGCUAAGUAACUGGAGCAACGCAUUGAUUAGGCACAACGCCUGCAAUCUGAAAGACUUGACACCUUCCCAGACCAAGAAGUCAGGAAGUGUUCGAUUUUGUAACAUUGAUGAAUACAUCUGUUAGCAUUGGAUCAGACCUUUCAAGACUUAAUUCACAAACAUUGAUGAAUACAUCUUUAAACAAUGGAUCAGAUCUAUUGAGAGUUAAAUUUAAAAACAUUGAUGUUAGCAUUGGAUCAGUAAACUCUUCGCAUUGGA